AUGGCUCUGAUCAGUAUCUCAACAGUAUUACUUGCUAUUCAUAUCGUAUCACAGUGUCUUACAGUGUCAUCUGUAAGCUUUGAACUAGAUGGCAAUAACCAAGUUCAGUUGGAUGGUGAUGCCAAGUUUAUGUGUGGAAAUACAGCUCGAAGGGUCUUAAACGGCGGAAGUGCAGGCAGAGUAGUUUACAAUACUACAAUUCCGCUUGGCAAUUCCAACUUCACCACGCAUUUUCAAUUCCAAAUCAACUGGACUCGUGACAAUGAGGAUAAUCGAUCCGAUAUUGGUGGCGAUGGAUUUGCUUUCUUCAUGGCAUCUCCAGUUUCUGGUUUUCACGUCCCGUACAGAGGAGAUGGUCGAUGGCUUGGCCUUUUUAACGAGCAGAAUAAUGACAAAUUAUCCAACUACCUUGUGGCUGUUGAAUUCGAGACAUAUAAAACUUCCUGGGAUUCUGAUGAUAAUCACAUGGGAAUUGAUGUCAACAACAUUGUGUCUGAAGUCUGGGUUCCUCUAGCUCAAAGAUUGAUUAACAGUAAAACAUGGGAUGCUAGGAUAGAUGACAGUGGGUAA